UCUAACCUCCAAAUUCCGACACAGGUCUGAUGCUGUGACACAGGGAGGACUCUUAAAACUGAAAAAAUUUAGUAGUCACAGGAUCAAAUUAGCGAUGGAGGUCGAACUGAAACAAAUGCUACAAGAUCUCGAAGCUCUCAGCCGAGCUUUAUCGGAUCCAUCUCAUCAUGAUUCUAUAGCCAAGCUUCGACAGCGUGUGGAACAUCUCUCUGAUCUUGCAAAAUCUGCUCCUAUUCAACGAUCUAAAGUCAAGGAUAUGAGUGCUGAGGUGGUAGAUAGCAACCCUUAUAGUAGGCUUAUGGCACUUCAAAGGAUGGGCAUUGUGAACAAUUAUGAAACGAUACGUGAAUUCUCUGUUGCCAUAGUUGGAAUAGGUGGCGUAGGCAGUGUUGCAGCUGAGAUGCUAACAAGGUGCGGCAUAGGUCGUCUUUUGUUGUACGAUUAUGACAAAGUGGAGUUAGCUAACAUGAAUAGGCUAUUUUUCCGUCCAGAGCAGGUUGGUAUGACCAAGACUGAUGCUGCUCUUCAGACACUUUCAGAUAUUAAUCCUGAUGUUGUGCUUGAGAGCUACACGUUGAACAUCGCAACGGUUAAAGGUUUUGAAAAUUUCAUGGCAAGCCUGAGAAACCAAAGUUUCAGGCCCAGGAAUCAUGAUAGUGGAGUGGAUCUUGUGCUGAGCUGCGUUGAUAAUUAUGAAGCACGGAUGGUUGUGAACCAGGCUUGCAAUGAACUGAACCAGAUAUGGAUGGAGUCUGGUGUAUCUGAAGAUGCUGUCUCAGGUCAUAUACAACUGCUGGUCCCUGGGGAAACUGCUUGUUUUGCUUGUGUUCCUCCAUUGGUUGUGGCAUCUGGAGUGGAUGAACGAACUCUCAAGCGUGAAGGUGUUUGUGCUGCAUCUCUACCGACUACCAUGGGGGUUGUGGCUGGUCUUCUGGUUCAAAACACACUUAAAUUCUUGCUGAAGUUUGGACAAGUCUCCCCAUACUUGGGAUAUAACGCUCUUAAAGAUUUCUUCCCAACCAUGGAAAUGAAGCCAAACACUCAAUGCUCAAACUCAGCUUGUCUGGAGCGACAGAAGGAAUACAUUCUCACAAAGCCAGCUCGGGAUGCUGCUGCCAAGGCAAAGAUGGAGGCUGAAACAUUGUCUGCGAUUGAGUGCCCAAUUCAUGCUGAUAAUGAAUGGAACAUAAGUGUUGUUGAUGAUAGUGGGAUUGAGACGACUGAUUUUCCCAACAGUUCAGAUGUCCUGCCGGAAGGUCUUACUCGGGAGCUCCCCAGUGCAGAUGAGUUCCAAAGAUUGCCAGUUCUAGAAGAGACAAACACCUCUAUUGAUGACCUUGAAGAGCUCCGGAGGCAACUUGAUGCUCUUAAUGCAGAUUGACCAUCUACCCCAGGAUACUUUGUUUGUUCUAGUUGUCCUCAAUGACUUGGUAAGUAUUUAAUGAAGAGGAAUUGCAAAUUCUUGAAGGGUUCAUUUAUGGGUUCACAUAACAUGCCUAUCUUGAUUGGAAAGGUGGAUAUAAAUGAGAUGCAA